CAAAGUCCAGUGCUAUCUGUUCGUUCUCUCAUCAUCCUAAUCAUAUGACUGAACAUGACGCACUAUCAAUAUCAGUCCAAUUACAUUUGUAUAGCAUUAUUGAUCACGAUCAAAGGGCACUUUUAGCUUCAAUAUGGAGAAUAUUCAGAGAAGUGAAAAUCAUCUGAGCAGCGAAAUUCGGCACAAGAAAGAACAAAAAUACUUCAACUUGUACUUUUUCCGGUUGUCUUUGUUUCAAGCGAACCUAUGCUUUGCCUUCAUCGCAAUUGCAGGAAUAGUUGGUCAAACUGUCAGCCUUCCUCUUUGGCUGUCAGCCUCGCAGUCCAAACACAAAGGCCUAAUAAAUGCAAACACAACCUCACCAUCACCAAAUUACGCCGCUAAAAUGGAUGCCUAUUUUGUCUUGUCAUUUGCAAGUCUUUCCUUUGUUGUUAUAUUUGGAUUGAUGUACGCUAUUCUUGUGUACUUCUAUCCUCAUUUCUUUGGACCAGCAGAGCGUCGCUUCCCACAUAAACUUCUCUUUGCGAUUGGAUUGUGCGAUGCUUUGAACGGAGCACUUGUGGUGUUUGCAAGCCCGCCGAGCAGAACUGCACCGUAUUUGCAAGCUAUUCUGGGAAACUUUUCAAUUCCCCUUACUAUCCUUGCAAGGUUUAUCAUUUUGAAAAAGAAGCCUACACAGCGUAAGUUCGUAUGUGGUAUGAUGAUUCUAAUGUCACUCUUCAUCUGCAUGCUACCAUCGAUCUUUCCUAAGCAGCUUGAUCCUUACAAAAAACACGAGGAGGGGCAAGGGGCGAGUGGUAUUGCAGGAGUAUUAUGGCCUCUUUGUUUUAUGUUUGGAUUUGCGCCAGGAACGUUGAUGUACGUUAUUGAGGAAAAAGUAUUAAAGAUGCAGGAUUCCCAGUCAUUACAACGCAUCAAUAUAGUAUAUUUUCUCUUCUGGCAGUCAGUCUAUCAGUUAUUUUCAGUACUUCUUAUGUUCUGGGUUGAUGUCAUCCCGGGCUAUGGUUUUACAUCUAGUUUUGAACAGUUUGGUAAAAAUUGGUGGUUCGGUUUACAGUGUUUUUUCGGUUCUGCGGGAUGUGAUAGUGAUCCAGGUGCCAGAGGAACAAUGUUUAUUCUUAUGUACGUAUUGGCAUAUGUCGGAGGAGGUCUUUUGAUGAGAUAUACAGAGGGAGCAACGCUCUUAUCUAUUGUUUUUUCUUUAGUUACGCCUUUGGGGUUUUUAUUCUGGACACUUUUCAAGCCUGAACCUUUUGGUUUUAGCCCCGCAGUUCACGUCUCUACCUACUAUAGCAUCGGGGCUUUGGUUAUCAUGGUACCAGCAAUCUAUUUCUACAAUACAGGAGCACCUGAAAUGGACAUGUCGAAGCAUGGACGGCAAGAAUAUCUCUGUGCAAGCAAUCCAUCUGAUUACCAUACUCUUGGCGAACAAGAUCCUCUAGUGAUCAUCGACAAGAAUUUGUGACAUCAUCACGCUCGUGGAACUUAAUGUCUACUCGUUAACUUCUCCAGAAUUACCUGGAGAUUAACAUUAGCAGCUGUCGUCAUUCAGUUUGAUAAAUUAUGGUGAUUCGAAAAACAGAAUGAAAAUGGACGCUUAAUUCUAAUGCCAA